CAGGCACGCACGGCGCAAGUUCCAUCGUAUGAGAAGAAUCCGCUAUCGAAACAGUCCCAGUCACGGUCUAGACCGCCUGCCAAUUAUCGUCCAAGAGCCUCGGCUGAGAAAUGUCAAUAUUGAAUAGAAAUAAGCGACCUCGGGAAGCAACCUGCCAAACUUAAUUUACGAGGGACGGACGCGCUGUACGAUUCGGGGCGAUCAGCCGGGGGUGACUGGCCAGUACCUGCACCGAACCCAAGGCGCGAUGUCACGGCGGCGGCGACCCCAGACCUCAGAACGCUCUGGCGUGCCCCGCAAUCUCGUGGGACCUGGCAUGAGCUCUCCACACUCUCGGGACAGCUGGCCCCGGUAGUCAGCCGACGAGCAGGGUUCGGAUGGAAGAAUUCACGCCGCUAUGGGGGUCGGCUAAGGAGUGCCAGGAGGCAGACAUACAGGAGAGGACUGUUCAUGACGUCGUAUGAUGCUGCGAGGAUCAUAAAUACGCGCAUCCGCGCCCCGGGUGUCCGGCGUAUCGGGGCGGUGAGAGGGAGAAGUCACCACCAACACCACGACUCCAGGCUAUCGUGAGUGAGCUCCAACGACGAUGCGUCGGUUCGGCAAGGCAGCGGCCCUGGCAUGGGCCCUCACAGCAGGGCUCAGCCAGGUCCACGCGCAGGACAACAGCCCCUCGGCCGACUGGCCCCUUCACAACAACAGCCUGACGACGCUGGUGGAAUGGGACCACUACAGCUUCCACGUCAACGGGCAGCGGCUGUUUGUCUUCUCGGGCGAGUUCCACUACUGGCGGUUCCCUGUGCCGGAGCUAUGGCGCGACCUGCUCGAGAAGGUCAAGGCCGCAGGCUUCAACGCCUUCAGCAUCUACGGCCACUGGGGCUUCCACAGCCCAUCUGAUGGUGUGCUCGACUUCGAGACAGGCGCGCACGACUUCACGCGCAUCAUGGACCUGGCCAAGGAACUCGGCAUGUACAUGAUUGUGCGACCCGGGCCAUAUGUAAACGCUGAGACCAACGCUGGUGGUUACCCACUGUGGGUGACAACUGGUGAAUACGGCGCACUGAGGGAUAAUGACCCCCGGUACACGGCGGCGUGGACCCCAUACUGGACCAAUAUGUCCAGUCUGAUCGCGCCGCACCUCAUCACCAACGGCGGCAACGUUAUCCUGUUCCAGAUCGAGAACGAGUUCGGCCAGCAGUGGAGGAAUGUCGCGGCUAAGACACCCAACGUCCCAGCCGGCGAGUAUAUGCAGCUGCUCCAGGACGCCGCACGCGCAAGCGGCAUCGACGUCCCGCUGACGCACAACGACCCGAACAUGAGAGCAUUCUCCUGGAGCAAGGACUACAGUGACGGCAUUGGCAACGUCGACGUUGUGGGUGUGGACUCGUACCCAUCCUGCUGGAGCUGCGACCUCACUGAGUGCACAGGCACGAACGGCAAGUACGUUGCAUACCAGACCGUCGAGUACUACGACUACUUCCAGAAGUUCUCGCCGACGCAGCCCAACUUCCUGCCCGAGUUCCAGGGCGGCUCUUACAACCCGUGGGGCGGGCCCGAGGGCGGAUGCCCGGCAGACAUCGGCGUCGACUUUGCGAACAUGUUCUACCGCAACCUCAUCUACCAGCGUGCCACGGCCAUCAGCCUGUACAUGCUGUUCGGCGGUACCAACUGGGGCUGGCUGGCGACACCCGUCGUCGCCAGCAGCUACGACUACUCGAGCCCUGUGUCCGAGAACCGCGCCAUCGGUGGCAAGUACUACGAGACCAAGCUGCUGACCAUGUUCACGCGCGUGGCGCCGGAGCUGGCCAAGACGGACAGGGUCGGCAACGGCACGGCUUAUAGCGAGAACAAGGCCAUCACCACGGCUGAGCUGCGGAACCCGGACACCGGUGCCGCCUUCUACGCCACCAUGCACCUCGACUCGACCUCGGCCACGCUCGAGACCUUCAAGUUGAACGUCAGCACGUCCCAGGGAGCGAAGACCAUCCCGCAGUAUGGCGGCAGCAUCGCUAUCAACGGCCACCAGGCAAAGGUGCUCCCAGUGGACUUCAGCUUCGGCAGCAAGAACCUCCUGUACACGACCGCCGAGGUCUUGACCUAUUCCGUCAUUGAUGGUAAGGAGGUUCUCGCCGUCUGGGUUCCAGCUGGCGAGUCGGGCGAGGUCGUCAUCGAGGGAAUAGCUACCGCAAGCCUUUCGAAGGCCACGGCGAACGCAACCUCGACCACAGUGAACAUCCUGCCAGGAAACUCGAGCGUCGCUAUCAACUGGUCAAACACUAGUGGAAUGACCGUUGUGAACCUGGGUGAUGGUGCUCAAGUUGUCAUCCUCGACCGGCCAUCGGCGUACGUGUUCUGGGCUCCUAGCCUAGGGAACGACCCCUUGUACCCCGUGAACAGCACAGUGCUCGUCCAAGGACCAUAUCUGGUUCGCUCAGCAUCCGUCACCGACAACAAACUUGAGCUGGUCGGCGAUAUUGACGGCGAUAAGAACACCCUCACCAUCUUCGCACCCUCCGUUGAAUCCGUGACCUGGAACGGAGAAGAGCUCUCCACCAUCUCCAAGGACGGCAACAUGCUCACAGCGACUGUUGCGGUGCCAGAGUCCUUCAGGCUGCCCACACUGGGGCCGUGGAAGUGGCACGACAGCCUGCCAGAGAUUCAGCCCAACUACACCGUUUCUCCCAACGUGUGGGUCACGGCCGACCACCAGAACACAUCCAACCCGUCCAAGCCCGCCUCCAACAACCCAGUGCUGUUCCUGGACGAAUACCACGUCCACGUCGGCAACUCCAUCUACCGCGCCACCUUCCCCAGCACGGCGGCCGCACCGAGCGGCGUCUUCCUCAACAUCACGGGCGGCAAGGCCUUCGGCUACUCGGCGUGGCUGAACGGCGCUUACAUCGGCUCAUACCUGGGCGCCUCGACGGCCGCGACGGGACAGACGCAGCUCUCGUUCGAGAACGCCACGCUCGCCGCGGAGGGCAGGGACAACGUGCUGGUGGUGGUGAUGGACAACUCGGGCCACGACCAGACCACGGGCGCCCUGACACCCCGCGGCAUCUGGAACGCCACGCUCCUCGGCACGGACGCGAGCUUCACCGAGUGGAAGAUCGCGGGCCCGGCGGGCGGCGAGGACAACAUCGACCCGAUCCGCAGCGUCUACAACGAGGGCGGGCUGUACGCCGAGCGCGUGGGCAUGCACCUCCCCGGGUACCCCGACGAAGACUGGAGGGCCGUCGACGGGGCCAGCACGACGACAGCGACGACGCUCGUGGUCCCGGCGGCCGGCAUCCGUGUCUUCCGCACCGUGGUCCCGCUCUCCGUCCCCGAGGGGCUGGACGUGUCCAUCUCGUUCCAGUUCUCGGCGCCGGGCAACGGCAGCACCAGGAGCACGUUUGUGCCGGGGGACGCGGCGCAUUCGAACCAGGUCCGGGCGCUGCUGUUUGUCAACGGGUACCAGUAUGGCCGAUUCAACCCGUACAUUGGCAACCAGAUCACGUUCCCUGUGCCGACUGGUAUCCUUGACUACGAUGGUGACAACACCAUCGCCGUGACCUUGUGGAGCCAGAGCGCGGAGGGUGUCGAGGUCAGGCUGGGCUGGAAUGUGGAUUAUGUGCACACCACCGGAUACGACAUGGGCUUCGAUGCGGAGUAUCUGAGGCCUGGGUGGUCCGAGGAUAGGCUGGCAUAUGCCUGAUAAAGACGACAAUUUUGUACAUAGUAUUCGUCAACUGUUAGUUACUUGUAUAAUCCAGAACGUGUAGAUACCGG